ACUGAACUAAUACCAACAUAAUGGCGUUUAGCUUCAGAGAUAUCCUUUAAUCAUAAAUAAACAAUUGGUAUUAGCCAUUAUAGAAGGAUAUUCUACUCAUUAACCUUAUCAAUAAAUGAGAAAUGUUGUAGUACCUACUUAUUAUACUCGAAGAUGUCUGCAAUUGUUAAACUAGAACCGAAACAAGAAGAAGAAAUAAAUACAUACCUUGACAAAAAGGUUUUUCUUACUAAUGAUGUCUCUGCAACUCUAAAGCAGGAAUCUAAUGAGAUUACGGUCACUGCGAGUUAUUCUAAUGGUAGUCUUGAUGAUUUGGACCAGGAAGAUGAAUUUUUUGGAAACACAAACAAAUAUCCGAAAAAUUUCUCACAUAAUAAGACGCCCCAAAUUUCAAAAAAUGGUAAAUGUUCACAGUCUGAUUUUGAACUCUCCAAUAAAACCCAAUUGAAGCAACAUAGGUUAAAAUUAGCACACAAAGUUUCAAAAGAUUUAAAAUGUUCUCAGUGUGACUUCACAACCAAUUAUAAAUCUAGUUUAAAGACACAUAUAUUAACACAUCAGACAUCUAAAGGUUUUAAAUGUGUUCUGUGUGAGUAUGCAACCAAUACUAGUACCAAGUUUAAAAGUCAUUUGUUAAUACACAACAUUUAUAAGAAUAUAAAAUGUGACCAGUGUUACUACACAACUAAGUAUAAAUCUAGUUUAAAAAGACAUCUGUUAACACACAAGACUUCUAGAGGUUUCAAAUGUGUUAAGUGCAGAUAUGCAACAAAAGAUACUGCCAAUUUUAAAAGCCAUAUGUUAACACAUAGGUCUUUUAAAAAUAUAAAAUGUGCCCAGUGUGACUACGUAACUCAUUAUAGACAUAGUUUAAAAAGACAUCUGUUAACACACAAGACAUCUAAAGAUUUAAAAUGUGCUCAGUGUGACUACUCAACCAAUUGUAAGUCUAAUUUAAGGAACCACCUGUUAGUACAUAAGACAUCUAAAGAUUUAAAAUGUGCUCAGUGUGACUACUCAACCAAUUGUAAAUCUACUUUAAAGAGACAUUUGUUAACACACAACACAUUGAAAGUCUUAAAGUGUGCCCAGUCUGAUUUUGCAACCAACAACAUAUCUAGUUUAAAAACACCUAUAUUAACUCAUGAAACAUCUAAAGAUUUCAAAUGUAUCCUGUGCGAAUAUGCAACUAAUACUGGUGCUAAAUUUAAAAGUCAUUUGUUAAGACACAAAACGUAUAAAGAUAUAAAAUGUGACCAGUGUGACUACACAACUAAGUAUAAAUCUAGUUUAAAAAGACAUCUGUUAACACACAAGACUUCUAGAGGUUUCAAAUGUGUUAAGUGCGGAUAUGCAACAAAAGAUACUGCCAAUUUUAAAAGCCAUAUGUUAACACACAGGAGUUUAAAAUGUCCCCAGUGCGAUUACGCAACUUAUUAUAAACAUAGUUUAAAUAGACAUCUUUUUACACACAAGACAUCUAAAGAUUUAAAAUGUGCUCAAUGUGACUACUCAACCAAUUGUAAAUCUACUUUAAAGAGACAUGUGUUAAUACAUAAGACAUCUAAAGAUUUAAAAUGUGCCCAGUGUGACUACUCAACUAACUGUAAAUCUAAUUUAAGGAACCAUAUGUUGAUACACAAGACAUCAAAAGAUUUAAAGUGUACUCAGUGUGACUACUCAACCAAUUGUAAAUCUACUUUAAGGAGACAUUUGUUAACACACAACACGUUGAAAGUCUUAAAGUGUGCCCAGUGUGAUUUUGCAACCAAUUAUAAAGUUACUUUAAAGAUACACCUGUUAACACACAACACAGUGAAAGUUUUACAGUGUGCCCAGUCUGAUUUUGCAACCAACAACAUAUCUAGUUUAAAAACACCUAUAUUAAGUCAUGAAACAUCUAAAGAUUUCAAAUGUAUCCUGUGCGAAUAUGCAACUAAUACUGGUGCUAAGUUUAAAAGUCAUUUGUUAAGACACAAAACGUAUAAAGAUAUAAAAUGUGACCAGUGUGACUACACAACUAAGUAUAAAUCUAGUUUAAAAAGACAUCUGUUAACACACAAGACUUCUAGAGGUUUCAAAUGUGUUAAGUGCGGAUAUGCAACAAAAGAUACUGCCAAUUUUAAAAGCCAUAUGUUAACACACAGGUGUUUAAAAUGUCCCCAGUGCGAUUACGCAACUCAUUAUAAACAUAGUUUAAAUAGACAUCUUUUUACACACAAGACAUCUAAAGAUUUAAAAUGUGCUCAAUGUGACUACUCAACCAAUUGUAAAUCUACUUUAAAGAGACAUGUGUUAAUACAUAAGACAUCUAAAGAUUUAAAAUGUGCCCAGUGUGACUACUCAACUAACUAUAAAUCUAAUUUAAGGAACCAUAUGUUGAUACACAAGACAUCAAAAGAUUUAAAGUGUACUCAGUGUGACUACUCAACCAAUUGUAAAUCUACUUUAAAGAGACAUGUGUUAAUACAUAAGACAUCUAAAGAUUUAAAAUGUGCUCAGUGUGACUACUCAACUAACUGUAAAUCUAAUUUAAGGAACCAUAUGUUGAUACACAAGACAUCAAAAGAUUUAAAGUGUACUCAGUGUGACUACUCAACCAAUUGUAAAACUAGGUUAAGGAGACAUCUGCUAACACACACCAAGACCUCGAGAGUUUUCAAAACCAAGACUUCAAAGGAUAUACAGUGUGCCGAGUGUGAUUACACAACUAAUUUGAAAUCUAGAUUAACUAGACAUUUGUUAAUACACAAGAGGUCUAGAAUUUUUAAAUGUGUCGAGUGUGUGUAUGCAACUAAUUAUAACGCUAAUUUAAAGACACAUAUGUUAACACACGACACGUCCAAAGUUUGAAAGUGUGCCCAGUCUGAUUUUGCAACCAAUAACAAAUCUAGUUAAGACCCAUCUGAAGUGGAUCCAGUGUGAAUAUGCCACCAAUACUAGUGUCAAUUUUAAAAAUUACUGCAUAAGCUGUACAAAUUUUAAAGGUUAUAUAAGUACACAAUACUUAAAAGACGACCUUAAAGAUUUAAAAUGUGCUCAGUGUGGUAUGCAACUUGGAUGCCAAUUUUAAAUCCCAUCUGUUAACACACAGAAGUUCUAAAGAUAUAAUGUGUAUGCGUAAUUAUGUAGUUUCCGUAGCCAACUGUUAAUACAGUAAUAAGUAGUAAUUGGUUUUUCUGGAAAAUGUAACCAUUUAAUUAAUAGAGUCAGUGUUAUUCAUUUAGAAGUAG